GAAAAUGCUGUUAAGUUACAAAAGCUCAUAUACAGUGUUCUGAUUGGUCCAGCAGGUGAUGAUGUAACACAGAGCUCCGCUACCCAUCAGGCUCUGACGGUCUCUGAGCUCGUUCACUUACCAGAGCCAAAACCAUCAAAGACGGACACGGAAGACCCCGAAUCGAAAGAGGACCCAGAUGAAGAUGAGGAGGAAGAGGAGAUGGACUCUGAUGAGGAGGAGAGCGAAGAGGACCUGACAGAGAGCACCGUGGCCCCUCACACCCGUCUGCCGUACAGCCUGAUCCCUCCUCCUCCCGUCUGGGUGCAGCGGAACCAGGGCCUGGUGCGGAGCUGGGUUGAACUUAUCAGAGAGAAGGCUGGUUAUGUGUCGGGGAUGUUGGCUCCGGUCGGGAUUGGAAUAGCCGGAGCUCUUCUGCUGGUCGGCGCUCUGUACAGCAUCAGGAUGAUCCAUCGCAAGAGGAGGAACAGCUUCAAGCACCAGAGGAGGAAGCCUCCCAGAGAAGUGCGCAGCGGACCAGACAACGCCAUGCUGCUGGCAGACAGUUCAGAAGACGAGUUCUGACCAGAAUCCUCUGUGGAUCAGUCCGCAUGUGAACAGCAGCGGUUUAGUGUUUCACACAAAUACUGAUGAGUAUAUACAGUCAGUACAGUUAUAAAUGGAGUUUUCUUUCAGAAUCACAAAAAUAAGCUUUUUUUUUUUCAAGCAUUUACACUUUUUGAGGAACUGUAUGUAAAAUGAACAUUUAAAAUACUCAAAAACAGCAUUAUU